AUGCUGCAAAAUGUGCUGGCCCAAGCGGCGCGGCAGUGCGCUGUGCGUAGGGGCGCAGGGAGCGUUACGGGGCUGUGUAGGAGGUUGGUAACCGUGCAGGAAGGUGGGAUAGGAGACAGCGCCUCGGCGCCCACGUUCGAAAGUGCAGGACUGCCCACAAACUUGUGCGCACAGCUGCGCACCACCUUUUCGAACGUGGCCCUACCCACGCCCACGCAAUCUGCCCUCAUUGCGGCGCUUUUGCGGCCGAACGAUGUAGUACUCCGCGCGCAUACGGGCUCUGGAAAGAGCUUUGCACUGCUGCUGGCCAUGCUCGCCAAGCCACGCAUGCUUUUUCGCCAUGCUGAGCAAGCACCGACCGCAGGCAUCUCGGCCUUGAUCCUUGUCCCUACCAAUGAGCUUGCCGAGCAGUACCGCACGUGGGCGCGCACACUUGUCUCUCCCGAGAUCACCGACUCGCUCGAUCCGGUGCUGCAAGUCGUCACACGCGGCGGCGAUCCUGCAUCGCAGUGCGCAACACUGAGAAGCACACCGCCGCAUAUUCUCGUCGGCACGCCGACGCGCAUCUCCGAGCUGCUGCGCGAUCCUGCGACUGCGCCGUUGCUCGGGAUCGAGACGCUCGCCACACUCGCUCUCGACGAGGCCGAUGCGAUCAUGCAGCUGCCCGGACGCUUCCCAAGCGAGAAGCAGCGGUGGAAACAUCUUGCUCACCGCGCUCCGGGAAUUGAUAUCCUGAACACGGUCCUUGGCAUGCGUCCGACCUACUCGGGCGGCGAGCGACAACCGUCUGCGGGCAUGGAACGCAGCGCGCCGCGCCGCGGGCCGGAGAAACGACCACCGGAAAAGGUGCGCAGGAUACAGUACCGCGGCGCGGCGCGGAACGAGUACGUUCCUGCAAUGUUGCGGCGUCCUGGCGACUCGCCGCUGCAGCUGGUAUGCAUGUCGGCCACCGCCAACUCCGUCUUGCGCCAUUUUCUCGGCGCACGCACGGGAUGGUUGCGUACUAAUACGCGCGACACCGUGCAGUCCGCUCGCUGGAUCGACUUUACAGGGCUUAGCCAGGGAAAACGCGGCGCUACGGUGCUUCCCUACGAGAUCGAGCAUGCGUGUCUCGUUGUGGAUGCGCAGGAGGAGGCGCGAGAGCACGCAGAGGCAACGCUUCUUCCGCUGCGUAACAUGACGUUUCUUCCUGCGCGCACAGAUACCAAUGGCGAAAUGCCUGCUAUUGUUCCUUCCUAUUCGCCGGAUCCGCAUACGCCAUACAUGCCGCUGCUCGAAGCGCUUGCAUUUGCAUUUGCGGCCGACGGCGUGCGCCAAGGCCUGGCGCUUGUGCCGCCGCGAUGGAGUUUGCGCAAGACUGCGGCUGCGCUUGAGGCGCUUGGUGUCCCGGCACGUAUCAUUGAGCCUGGCGCGCCGACGGACGUACCUGGUUCAGUGCUUUAUCUCUUGCAAAGCACAAGCGCGCGUGGACUCGAUAUCCCUGCGCUCACGCAUGUAUACUUGUUGGGACUCGACGCGGUGCAGGAUGCAGUACAUUAUACGCAUAUGGCCGGGCGUGUUUCGCGGAUAAGCGAUGGAAGCGGUGUGCGUCCGUUUGGCAAGGUUGUCACGCUCCUGCACGGAAAGGAUGCAGAGGAUGCGCGAGUCGCAAGUGCCGAGCAGAAAAUGUCGCUGCUGUACCGCCGCGUAGGUAUCGUGCCGAAUGCAUUUGAUUUGUCGCUUCUAUGUGCGUUGGCAGAUGAGCAGGCUGGGCAUAGUGUGCAUGCUAGCGAGGCGUAG